CUUCUGUCGGCAUUUUCCGGUCUACGACCAGCUAGCACAGCUGAUUAGCCUGCUGCUACUCUCCAGCGAACAUCAGUCCUUCACUCAUUCAAUGUUUUUCCAACCGGGGCGGAUGGCACGAAUGGUGUAACAAAUGGCGGAUGUCGAGGGGCAAGGCUUUUGUUCAUCGCUCCCUCAACAUUCAGCUAGUAACGGCACCGGGAGCGGCGACGUUACACCGGACGCCGGUGGCGGCUUCCCGAGCCCGGGCACCACCGUGACUUCGGGGCCGCGGCUCAUCCGAAUAGUGAAGUCACACUCGGGCUAUGGCUUCAACGUGCGGGGCCAAGUCAGUGAAGGAGGGCAACUCCGAAGCAUUAACGGGGAACUGUACGCUCCGCUGCAGCAUGUCAGCGCCGUUCUACCGGGGGGUGCCGCCGACCGAGCCGGUAUAUCGAAGGGGGACAGGAUCUUAGAAGUUAACGGAGUAAAUGUUGAAGGCGCGACGCACAAGCAGGUGGUGGACCUGAUCCGGGCCGGGGAGAGGGAGCUAGUUCUAGUUGUGCUCUCAGUUCCGCCUCAGGAAGGGGACUGCCUGGAUCCAGGAGACGACGGCUCAUCCCAAUCCUGCUACGACUAUUCGGACAAGCAGGCUGUCCCCAUCUCUGUGCCCAGCUACCAACACACUGAGCUCAACCAGGAGAAGUUUGUGGUAUAUAAUGUGUACAUGGCGGGAAGGCAGCUGUGUGCUAAACGCUACAGAGAGUUUGUGAUUCUUCACCAAAACCUGAAGAGAGAGUUUGCCAACUUCACGUUCCCCAAGCUACCCGGGAAAUGGCCUUUUUCUCUGUCGGAGCAGCAGCUGGAUGCACGGCGUAGGGGCCUGGAAGAAUAUCUAGAAAGAGUGUGCUCCGUGAGGGUGAUUGGUGAGAGCGACAUUAUGCAGGAGUUCCUGUCAGAGUCAGAUGAGAACUAUAAUGGCGUGUGGGAUGUGGAGUUGAGAAUAGCCAUGCCUGAUAAGACCACACUCGCUGUGCGCGUGUGCAAAAAUUCCACCACCGACCAUGUCUACCAGGCAGUGGUCAUGAAACUAGGGAUGGACAGCAUCACAGCCAGCUACUUUGCACUGUUUGAGGUCAUCAACCACACCUUCUUACGCAAGCUUGCCCCCAAUGAGUUCCCCCACAAGCUGUAUGUGCAGAACUACACCUCAGCCAUCCCGGGAACCUGCCUCACCCUGCGUAAGUGGCUCUUCACGACAGAGGAGGAGAUCUUGCUCAGUGACAACCAACUUGCUGUCUGCUACUUCUUCCACCAGGCUGUGGAGGAUGUGACGAAAGGUUACGUCAAAGUAGAGGAGAAAUCCUACCAGCUGCAGAAGCUGGCAGAGCAGAAGAAGAUGUCUGUGUAUCUGAAUUUGUUGAGAGGCUGCCAAGGCUACAAUGAAAUCUUGUUCCCUCACUGCUCCUGCAACUCCAGACGUAAAGGCCACGUCAUCACCGCUAUCAGCAUUCAACACCUUAAGCUGCAUGCCUGUACCGAGGAGGGGACGGUCGAGAACCAGGUGAUAACCUUUGAGUGGGGAGAUAUGCAGCGGUGGGACACAGACGAAGAGGGAAUGGCCUUUUGCUUUGAGUACGCGCGGGGGGAGAAGAAACCACGCUGGGUGAAGAUAUUUACACCUUAUUUUAAUUACAUGCAUGAAUGCUUCGAGAGAGUUUUCUGCGAACUUAAGUGGACGAAGGAGGUGGCGACAGACAAAGACAACAAGAACUGCACCAACGACGGUAUGUGCGGCAAGAAUAUUUUCCAACUGCUGAGGCACAGAAGAGAUGGAGGCACCCAGCAAGAGAGGUCAUUACCUCUUGACCACACACCGGCCUCCUCCACUCAGCUAAGCCCGGCACUCGUGUAAAUCCGAAGAGACUCUCGACGACGAGUCAGCAUUUCCGCUCUUCUACACUCCCGAGUAAUGUGAACCAGCAAACAUCUGCAAAUGAACAAAACGCGUAGAGAACUCCAACACAUAAAUCAUGCAUCAGGAAGGACUUGCUCACGGUGAAAUGUGAACAAACUGAGGUAAGUCAGCCUAAUGGACUAAGAUGACGGUUCUGAUGGGGUAAAAACAAGGGAACCAGUGGACAAUGUGGAGCAUAGAACAGGGAUCAUCAAACAGUUGUAAGGGCGAACGUGAACUGUUCGUACAAGGGUCAUUUUGUAAUGUGGCAGGGGAAAGAUGGGGAAGAGAGAAAUUGUGAGUGCACAGACCUCUUGAAUGCAAUUAUUCGCAACCUCUAAAUAUGUGAGAUGUCAUGUAUAGUGGGUAUAGAAAAAUAUUUCAAGCAUAAUUUUACCACACAAUCCAACUGCAAACAGGAACAAAUUAAAAGUUAAAGGUCCCCUAUUAUAGUAUAUUUCAACAAUUGUAAAUCUCAGAGAUCCACCAAUAGCGUAUUGUAGUGCUUUUAGUAAGCCCUAAUGGGAACACACUGUUGUGUGUGUAGCUUAGUUUGUCUCCGACAGAGUGUGCACUUUGUCCCCUUUUUACAUAUACACUGUAACUCUGCACUUGUCCAACAUAGUGUUAACAUUACGCUCACAUUUUAAAAGCAAAAACAUGAAGGUAGCCUCUUGGCUGAAGCAAAAAACAUGAUCAAACCUACAGCUCCCACAUCUGUACCUGACUGACGGGUAGUUGGCAGAUCUGUAUUUUAAGACAUGUAACAAAGCCGAGAACAGAGGUUUUUCCCUUCAUGAUGUCGCGGAAACCUCAAAAGCGACCGCUUGAGCGCCUCUUCUCUCGAACAAGUGAGGGUGAUGACGGUGCUCAGAAAGAGGCUCUUCAGAAAAAAAAAGACUAAUAAUAAAUAAAUGAAUGGAUCACUUGAUACAUGAAAAUGAACUUGAUAAUUUUGCCGGCUUCCAUACGUUGCCAUGUGCAUGCAUGUCUCUUUUCUUCGUCUCUCGCCUCCAAACAGGCAGGAAGAGGUUUCACUCUGUGCAUUGGUUCAGCACCUAGACGCUUCAUAGAACAACGGCAAACAGAGUGAGACCUCUUGUCAGUCAUACAGUCGUUUUGUCUCACACAGAGCAAAAGAGUGGAGCAGUGCAAGGUAACGUGGUAGAAGUUAGGAGGGAAAAAGACGUUGCAAAGCCAAAUGCCACAGCCCCCGUGUGGGUAUAUUAAUGAGUGAGAUAAGCCCAUCAACACGAACAAGCCAGUAUGCCCAAUUUAUUUGAAAGUGGUUUGCCCACGCCAAACAUAUCUACCUAACCCAGUUUUCCCAUCUGGGGAAAAAACUACACAUUGAGAUGCAGAGCCUUCAUCCUGAGAGUCAGCGCUUACUGAGAUGUUUGGUCGGCAAAGUAAGUACAAACGGAACAGCCAAAAUCGUGUGCGGCCACAGAAGGUCACUAAGAUCACUAAAGAAAUGCUGCAGUUGAAAAGCCAUCAUUUCAAGAAAUGCUGCAAAUGUUUGACAGACAGUACGAACUGUCUGUGAGAAAAUACGUCACAAACAACUUAACAGAGUGAAAGACAUACACAAAUUAAAGGAAAUGUUAACCAUAUCUUUUAGCGUCAAUUUGUGGGAGAAUAAACAUUUCAAAACGCACCUGCAUUGUUUUGUGACACGGUUGCAUAAAGUUUUUGUCCAGUCAUAUAUUUUUUCAUAAUUUAGUUUGUUAAUAUUAAUGUUAAAAACGCAUCUCGUUCUCUUGCAUUGUCUCGUCUCGUCUCGUGACACCCCUGCUAUGGACACAUAGACAUAGACACACAUAGACACACUGAGAACAUCAUCAUGAAAUCACUUUUGCAUAAUAGGGGGCCUUUAACUCUUUAUUCUUUCUUGCAAAAGUGCUCCAAAUGUGUUGGAUUGUGGGGGCAUCUCGUGUGUACAGCGCUCCCUAUUUAAUUUUAACGUUGGACAAACCCAUUAGAGUAUUAUAACAAAGGUGCAUUGACUUCCUCUAUAUAGCCACUGUAUAAGAUACAGUGUGUCACAUAAAAAGCUUGCACUUUACUUUGCGUUUGUGACUGCCUGCGUGGCUAAUACUGUCACAUUAAGACUUUCAUCCGUACACAGUAUUAUAUGAACUUCAUAAGUCUUUGUAACACGCCACACAAGGAGUGUGCAGUACCCUGACCAAACAACAGGGGUCCUUCUCCUCCUACCUGCCUGCUUACUGGCAGUGAUUACUUUUUGCUUCCUUGAGCUCCCACAGGAUUUAUAAUAGGCUUUAAUUCAAACGUACCACUUAUUUAUGGCUGCAGAUGGUUCCUCGCGCUGCGGGUAAAACCUUCCAUGCCCUCUGAUUUCAGGCGUCGUUAGACAGACCUUUUACUAACCACUGAAUAAAUUCCUGCUAAAUGUGAUGCUUUAUAUGUGCUUCUUCAAUAAGGGCUGAACACACCGUCUAAUGUGAUGAACUGUGUAAUUUAAUAUCCUGUUAUUGUUCUGAUUCCCACAGUGGUUUAAUGAUGACAAAUGGAAUAAGCACUCGAAGUUGUAAUCGCAAAUUAUCUUAUUAUUCAAACCUGACGCACAACAAUACCAUCUGGUUCAUGAAACAUGAAUGUAUAUUUAUUGUGAUAUGGAUCCAUACAUUUAGCAUGGGGAAGUUAGUUAUUGUCACCAUCUGAUUUUUACUUUUAUUGGUACACCUGCACCAGUACAGAGUUGUACAAUCAAAAUCUGCCUUAACAAAAAUUGUAAUGAUGAGUUUUGACACUGGUGCACUUCACAUUCUGCAAAGCAUGGAUUCUCAAACAAUGGUACGAGUGCCACUGGUAGUACUGGGUGGUACUGGACUAGUGGUACUUCUUUAAUAGAAAUAAUUCAAUGAUAUGAGCAAUGUAUACAGUGGAACCCAUUUAAGUUGAUAACCCUCACUUUAGACAUAAGACGUAAGGAGAAUGGCUGAUAAUUAAGGAUUUUUCAGUGUCUUUCACACAUUUAUUUAUUUGUGACAUUUGGACCACCACAAAUAGAGUUUUUGCUACCUGUUUGCCCUCGCCGCUCAUAAAGACAUUAUUAAACACAUUAUAAUGGGACUGGCUGUGAAUGGCAUCGCAGCUCUGCUUUUUACCACACCUCCUACGCACAUAGAUCUGUUUUGCCAAUUCAGCGACUUUGUCGCUAUAUUUAGCAUUUCUGUUUUUCAAAAAAAGAACUAGCGACUCUAACAUGAAAGCACGCAUCGCUCUUCUCAACGAGCAGCCCUUCCCCCAUCUAAAAGCACUCACAGGUGGGUCCGUCUUGCUUGUGACAUAAACAAAUGUGACAGAAGAAAUGUCAUUUGUGUUUCUAACCAUAGUAGUGCAGCUUUUCAAGUUUUUACCUCACGUUUUGUCUUCUACAGCGUCCCUAAAAAUGACAUGCACGCGCCAUGGUCAGUGAUGCAAAUUACACAAUGAUGUCAUCACCUUUUUUUUGCAAUAAGAACAUGUUAGACCGGGACUUGAUGAGUUGGUCGAAAUAGACGGGUUGUCAACAUAAACGGGAUCGACAUAAACAGAUGUCACUGCACAUAUAAAAUAAAUGUACAAAUUAUGAGGUUUACUGACGUUUACAUUUUUAUGUUCUUUUUUUUAUUCAUUUGCUAAAAUAUGAAUCUUUAAGGGUCAAUCUCCGGCAAGGGGUACCAAAAGACAUGACGUGACAUAGCAAGUUAAAGUUAUUUUCCAACCAUUUGCAAUUUUAAAAUAAAGUGUCAUUUUAAUACAAAGUGGAACCUCAGUUAGUGUUCGCCCCGGUUAAAGCCCAGUCACACCGCCCGAACUUUGCUGUAGCGUUCCUGGAGCGGUGAAAAAAAUUUAUCACCGCUCGUAACCGUUAACCACUGAGUUGGCCCCCGUCAAGGCAACGCCGUAUACGCUCGGCCACCGCUGAUGGACCCUCCUACCACUCCAAAAGUUUUGAGCUGCACAAAAUAUUGCGAGCGGUGAGGAGCGGGCAAUUUUCCGCCACGGCAAAGUUCAUCACCACUCCAACAACGCCCAGUCAAAGUUUGGCGCCGCUAGACGCAAGUUCGUGGACGCUUGGGUCCGCUACGCCAACGCAGAAAUCUUGAACGCUGGACAACUGCUGCUUCGGUGAUUAAACGUUGCACAAACUUUGGUGGAGCGGUUGUAAGCGUUUUACGAGCAGACACGGGAUUGCUGGAACGGGGUCAGGCGUUGAAGCAGCGAUCCAUUGCGGUGAUGAACUCUGGUUUGGCGUUGGUAUGGAGGUGUCGGAGGGGGACCAGAAUUUGGCUAUAAAUACAGGAAGAAAUGGACCAGGAGUCCAUUUGGAAUAACUGUUGAGUGCAGACCUCAGUUAUAUUGAAUUUGCUCAAAGUUACAGUAAAACUGUACUACCAUGGAUGCUGAGAGACUUGCUAUGAUUGGUGCACUAGUCCAGCAGCAGAAUCACAACCUCCUCAGAUUGCAACAAGCUGUUAACAGAAGGAGAGGAGAGAGAAGGAGAGACAGAGCUGAUGGUGGAGCUGAGGAAUGAGGAUCCACGAGCCUUCCAGCACUUCAUGAGGAUGGCACCAGCCCGCAUGCGCAGAACGCCGCUCUAUCGACGCUUGCGUCACCGCUAAACGAACGUUUGCUACCGUUAAACUAACACUAAAGCAACGCUGGCUUCAGCGGUGCAUCGCUAGGACAACGCCCAUGUUUUCGAUUUUUUGCCCAUUUUGUGCGCGGUUACGAGCGUGAGUCCAUCUGUAUUCCUAAUAUAUUUUCUGCAUCCUAUUAGCCAGUGAACAAAAUGACAACUGAAACCGGAAGCUCCAUCGCCCGUCUAUGAUGUCAUCAGCGGUUGACUCUCAAAAACGCAAAACACAUUAUCAUAGGUAGGAGGUAGAGCAGGUCGUCAGAAAACGGAAAGUUGGUGGUUCCAUCCUCUUCUCUUCCACCUUCACCCACCUUGACUCCAGUGCUGCCCACACUGGUGUAUGGAAUGUGAAUGAGGUUGCAGGAGAGGCUGUAGGCGCGAAUGGGCAUCCACAGCUCCGUUAGACUACCCCAGGGCAGCUGUGGAUACAGAUGUACUUUACCAUCUACAUUCAUUUACCAGUAGUGAAUGAAUAAUGGGUUCACUUCACUGUGAAGCACUUGGGGUGCCUUGAAAAACGCUACAUAAAAUCUAAUCCAUUAUUAUUAUAGUUCUUUAAUUAUAGUUUGACAUGCAUAAAACAAUUCUAAAUACAUAUAAAUGAGGACUGAAAGGGCUAAAUGAACAUGUAAGGUUACUUUAACCUACAUUGAAGACUACUGUUUCCACAGACACGAUGUGAUGUGGCAGUGAGACAACCACACCCCAAAGUGUAUUGAUUAGAAAAAAAUGAUCAGUAGAAAUCUUUCAACACAUAUUCUGGGAACUGCGCCAUAUUGCUGAUUUUGAAUCAGUGGCAGUGUCUGAAUUUGGACAGAAAACCGGUGAAAUAACACAAAAAUACUCUGAAUUUGACAUUGCUUAUCAAGGCAGAGGUCAGCUCAUUUGCAUAUAAUCUUCGGAAAUUACAUUUUUGUUGCACUGAGGGCAGACUACACUGGUUAUGUUACCGAGGCAUAACGUUUUGUCGGAGUUUGGUCAAAGUGCAUGUUUUGGAUGCAGCAAAAUGCGUUUGGUGCACAGUGAGAUGUUAUACAAGUUCAUUAUUUCUUUUGUCAUUUUUGUGACACACUUUUGCAUGCAAAAUGUCGAUGCUGAAAUUGACAUCAGACUGUGUUUUAUACACAACACACCCAAAGAAAAUGUUCAACACUGUUUCCCCUGUUUAUUCAAUAUGUUUGCAGGAUAUUUUUAUUUGGUUCUAGCUGCAAAAACUGUAGUCUUUGCAUCAUGCCCCUCAAAAUGACAGCACCCUCUCUGGUACCCCUUUAAGGAGAACCCCCCUAACUCACCUCAUGCGUCACAAGCUAAAUACGUGGUGUAAAAAGUUUGAGAAACAUUGCUCUAAAGUUCCAGGGGUGUCAAACUCGUGCCCUGGAGGGCCGAGACACUGCAGGUUUUCUCUCCAACCAGUUU